GGGGCAGCUCACUUCCGGUGACGCAUAUCCUCUAUCUACAACAUGGCAGCUCCGUCUGAGGGGGCAAAGUUCACAGUGAUCCCACUCCGAAUCUCCCCCCGGAGCUCCGUCUGCCGCCAACUCUUUGUCAAACAGCACCGGGUCCGCGAUCCCGACCCGCAGCGACCCCAGGAUCGCACCCUGUUUGUCCUCAACCUGCCCCCGUACAUCAACCAGGAGUGCGUGCACAGGUUGUUUUCACAGUGUGGUCCUGUCACCUCGGUGGAACUACAGGAAAAGCCAGGCCCAAGCACCAAAUCCAAGGACCAGAAAUCAAAGUUCUUCUCACGCCCACUUGCACAGGGUUUCCAGGUGGCCUACGUGGUGUUUAAAAGUUCAGCUGCAGUGAAACAUGCCGUGUCCCUAAAAGCCCAGAAGCCCUGGGUCCUGACCACAGCUCAGCACCCGCUCAGGACAGGCCUUCAGAAAUGGGCAGAGGAUUAUUACUCAAGUAUCACUGACCCCCGGGAUUUACAGGAUCACAUUGAUCAGUUCAUGGAGCAACAUGACCGGGAGCAGGCUGAGGUACCGGGAGUACAGAGGGAAGGAGGUCUGGUGUUGGGGUUGGGAGGGUGGGGAGAGGACAAGGAAUGCAGUUGA